AUGGCAUCCGUCACUUCACUCACUGUCUCAAUCCCAUCCACUUCAACUUCAACUUCCAACCUCAAGCAACAACAACAACUACUACAACCGAAGUCGAGAUGGUUCUCAAUCGAAUUCUUUAUCUAUUAUCUUGUCUUUGUUUGCUCACUCAUCAAGAUGGUCUCAACUACCCUCUCACUAAGUCAGGAACAACAUCGAAACUAUCCGUUCUAUAAACAUAAACUCUCCCCUGGUUGGAUAUUCGAUCGCAAGAUUGAUAUCUCCGAUUCACAAUAUCGUCGCUUUCGACUAGGACUUGGUCAAUUGACUGCAUUGGCGUUCGGCUAUUUACUCAUCGCUCGACUCGUUGGCCGUCAUUCCCGAAACCGCAUCAAAUUUCAAACUUGUGCAGCUGCUUUGAUCCUCCUCGCACUACAUGGUACAUCGGUCUUCAAGAUUCUCAUUAUCAUCACUGCCAAUUAUCAUCUGGCUCGUCGUGCACCAUCACCUUUGAUUUGGGUCUUUAAUGUCGGGGUAUUGUUUGCGAAUGAUUAUUGGGACGGUUAUCGGUACCGGCACUUUUUGCCCCUUUUGUCUUUCCUGGUCAGAAAAUAUCGUGGAUUGAUUCCACGAUGGCAAAUCGGCUUCAAUAUCUCCAUGCUUCGUCUGAUCUCUUACAGCUUUGAUUAUCAAUGGGCAGCGGCUGCAAAAGCCAAACAAACUACCAAUUCACCUCGAGAGUUAUCUGAAUAUGGGUUCAUCAAUUAUUUCAAUUACGUUUUCUAUCCACCACUCUAUAUCGCUGGACCGAUCAUCACUUUCAAUAAUUUCACAUCUCAGAUUGCCAGGUCACCCAGUACCAUUACUCCCAGAAUGAUCAUUGGAUAUUCGAUUCGGUUUUUAAUCUGCUUCCUUACAAUGGAAUUCGUCUUGCACUAUAUGUAUGUAAUCGCAAUCAAGGAUGCAAGAGCCUGGGGGGGAGAUUCACCAUUUGAAUUGAGUAUGAUCGGAUACUGGAAUUUGAUAGCUGUGUGGCUCAAGUUGUUGAUUCCUUGGAGAUUCUUCAGGUUAUGGGCUUUGCUGGAUGGGGUGGAUGCACCUGAAAAUAUGGUCAGGUGUAUGGCCAAUAAUUAUUCCACUUUGGCCUUCUGGAGAAGUUGGCAUCGGAGUUAUAACUUAUGGAUUGUCAGGUAUAUCUAUUUACCGCUAGGUGGAUCUAACAAUGUUGUACCAUCCACUAUCUUGGUUUUUACUUUUGUGGCACUUUGGCAUGAUCUUUCGUUGAGAUUGCUAUGGUGGGGAUGGCUCGUUAGCGUCUUUGUGAUUCCUGAAGUAUUAGCUAAAAAGGUCUUUUCGGGUUCAAUUCAUGAGAAGAAAUGGUAUUUUAGACAUUUGUCUGCUAUUGGUGGAACAUUGAAUGUUUUGAGUAUGAUGUCUGCCAAUCUUGUUGGAUUUGCUAUUGGAUUGGAUGGGGUUAAAGUUAUGUGGUCUCAAAUCCUUGGAUCUUGUUAUCUUUCAGGCUUUUUGACCCUUUUGACUACUGUUGGUGCGUUAUUUUGUGCGGUACAAAUGAUGAUGGAAUAUAGGGAGGAAGAAAGAAGAGAAGGGAUUUGGAGGAAGUGUUGA